UCUGAGGAGACUCUAUGGUGGGGCGCCGGUGCGCGUGGCUGAUGUCGCCACCCCGCCUGGCCCGGUGAGGGCAGCCGCGCCCCCGCCCUCCCCCCCGUAGCCCCGGCCCCGACGGCCUCUCGCCCCGCCAGACGGGCGUCGCGGGGCUGCAGCGAUGAGCCUGGCGGAGCGGCCUGAAGAGGCGGCGGCGAGAGCCAGCCCCAGGCGCCCGCUGGGUCCUAGUGAUGCAUCUCCAGAUGAAGGAGUAGUAGAAGAUCUUCCUUUAAUAGAUGAGAAAGCUGUGGAGCAGCUAACCAAAGGAUUGCUUUCUCAUUAUCUGCCUGAUCUUCAGCGAUCAAAAUCAGCACUACAGGAACUUACACAGAACCAAGUGGUAUUACUAGAAACAUUAGAACAAGAAAUUUCAAAAUUCAAAGAGUGUAACUCCAUUCUUGAUAUCAAUGCUUUGUUUUCAGAAGCUAAACACUAUCACAAUAAGUUAGUGAAUAUCAGAAAUGAAAUGAUGAUGCUCCAUGAGAAGACAUCAAAGUUAAAAAAAAGAGCACUUAAGCUGCAACAGAAGAGACAGAAGGAAGAACUAGAACGAGAACAGCAACGUGAGAAGGAACUUGAAAGAGAGAAGCAGUUAACAGCAAAACCUGCUAGGAGGACAUGAAAGCAGAGCAUGCAAUAGCUUGUCCAAAUUAAUCAUUUCUGCAUUCUCUGGGACUAAGGCAGACUUUGUUUAAACUGGGCUGUAGCUGUUAGUAGCAACAGUCUACCCUAUGAUAUUAUAAAUUCCAGAAUGGUAAUAAUAGGGUUGGUAACACUGGAAUUUUUUUAUUUUAGCCACUCAAGUUGCCUUCUUUUGUAAUGCUAUGCAGUUUGAGAUUAUUAUAAGUUAAUUUUUUUAUAUAUAUUAUAUAUGUAUAUAGGAGAACUUAGGCAUCACAGUCUUAAAUACCUAUCCAUUUUUUUUGUCAGUUCUUCCGGUGUUUAGAAUUUUGAGAGAGAGUUGGUGACUGGGACGCAUGUUUUUUAGGCAAAAUACAGAAUGCUAGUUAAAGUUCAGUUCUCAUCCCCUGACUUCAGCGGUCACCUGUUUCACUGAAACUGCUUUGACGCAGGCAGUUGGGAUCUCUUUUCAAUGCCCUGGUUCAUAAAUACUGACUUUUAGUGCAGCCUUAGUUUGGUCCAUCUCUAAUGAACUGAAGAAACUUCCAAAGUAUUUGCUGGAAAGCUCACUUUAUUGCAGCAGUCUUGGUUUUUUGUCAUGAAGUAACUUAAGAACAGGUUUAAAGUAACUUCUGAAUAAUUACCCAGCUGAAUUGGUUGGUGGUGGGGAGGAAGCAGAACACUAAAGAUUCUCAAAAUUGAUGUGUGCACAAUGCAAAGGUUGUUGAAUUUGUACUUCCACAAACAUUUGAGUCAAACCAGGGAACUGUUAGUUCGGUAAUGGUUCAGCAGGAAGACUGUGUGGUCUGAGCAGAUUUGUGUGGGGUUAGAGAUUGUAGUUUCUCCAAUCUCUAUCUUGUGUGAUAAAAUAAAACACAACUAAAAUGAAACAAUUUCCACUUCAUGUGAAGUUCAGUUACCUGUAAGAUAAACUACUGCAUUUAAUUUUUUUCCAUAACAAAAUAUUAAUUUGCACUUUGGGACUAUGUAAGAGAAUUUUUGUUCCACAGUCCUCACCCAAAUUCAUGAUGAUGAUUAGCGUAUGCUGAUGAUAACUGUGGAAUGGAGGUUGAUAUCCAUUUCUCUGAAUGUAAUUGCUUUCUUGCAGCACUUGGUGCAUGUCGUCUAGACUGGUAAAAGAGCUUUAAAUUCGCUGUUCCUACAGUCUAACGAGCUAGUUAUUUUAUAUCUGUGUUAUUUUUUUAGUAGUAACAUGGGUGGCAUGUUUCGAAAUAAGACAAAGGGUAAGCUGUGUAAAGUUUUCUGUAUGUAUGGUAGGGUACCAGAGGGACACGGCCAGUUUUACUUUUUCUUCUGUUUUGGAUGAUUUACACAGGGAACACCUGCCUGGACUAACUCCUGUACUAUAAUCUACUGAACUCCUAAAUUCCUGUUCUUAAUAUUGACAUACUCUAAUGAGUAAUCAUCCGACACGCAAGGUAAACUGGGGGAACAUUUUGAGGCCAGGAGAACAAACUACUUCACAGCAUUUCAGUGUCCUUCGGACUACUUUACAGAAGCAGCGAUAGAUUAAAACUUCCCUCACGUAUUUUUCCAUUAAGUGACUUGUGUCUGUUGAUUGCCAGUGGAUUGGUGACUUGUGCUGUGGUUUGUAUGUAUUUCUAAGAGAAAUGUAAAGAAUUUCCACAGUCCAUUUUUGGAGCAGAAUGUACAUAACUAAAUAUCAUUUAAAUACUUUAUUUUGUAAUGUAAUUUCAAAAUUAGAUUCCUGGAAUUUAAACAGUUGUUAUUAAAGUAUAACAUGAAAUUAGAUGCCUCAGUAUCCAAAUGGGGAUUAAAUUCCUGUGGUAUUUCUUGAUUUGUGUUCCCUCAUCUAGAAUCCAGCCUAGUGUUUCAAGUUGUGCUCUCCUUCUGUGAAGAACUAUGGGGUUUUUUUUUUUCCAAAGAACUGCAGGGAUGUUUUUGUUUUGUUUCAAAAAUCAUGGCUACCUUUACUGAAGGUUCAGAAUUCUUAACACAGAAAUUGAUGCUUUUGCAAUUGCAUAUUUCAGUGUUUCUUUGAAAUAAUUUCUGACCAAAUGAAUAAAAGCUUGCAGUGCUUGCCUGAGGAAUCACA